AUGGAUAAAAAGAAGCAAACUCAUGACUACAUGCACUGUUUUCAUUGUAGAAAAAAUCUCACAGAUGAAGACUGUCACAUGGUUUUUAUGCAAGAUAAAAAAAUCAGUGUUUGUCUCGAUUGUUUUAGCGCAAAAUAUCCUUUAACAGAAUUUAAGGAUCGUCCUAGACAAAAUUCUAUUGCAUAUGUUGCAGUUAAUAAAGAGACAACAAAUGUUUUUACAAAAGAUUGGGAUUUAAACGAUGAAGCUUUAUUAUUAGGAUGUAUAAAUAGUUUAGGCGUAGGAAACUGGAAUGAUAUAGCGAAACGAAUUCCUAAUCAUGAUCCUGUUGAUAUUCAAACACAUUACACUAAUAUUUAUCUAAAAUCAAAAACAGCUCCUUUAGCUAUAUUUCCUGAUGAAGAUAAAAUACCAGAAACAUUUCCAAAACCACCUGUUCCUGAAUAUACUACAGAAGCGCAAAGCUCUAAUCCAGAAUUACCAAAUCAUAACAGAUAUAUGCCAAAGCGACACGAAUUUGGCGAAGAAUUCAUCGAUAAUGCUGAAGAACUUGUCUCAGGCCUCACAUUUUCUUACUCAGACGAUAAGAAUUCCUUUAAAAAGAAAAUUAAUCAAUUAAAUCUAUACAAUAACCAUUUAGAAGAGCGUGUAAUCCGUACCAAAGUGCUUGAAGACUUUCAAUUGAUAGAAAAUAAUACUCCAAAUCUUGGAGGAAUGACAGAAUCUCAAAUGGCAAAAGAUAAAACGAUGUUUUUGUUUGCGCCCUACUUAGAUAAGAAGUAUCUUAAAGAUAAUAUCAAUAAGAUGCAUCAAAGCGAAGCAAUUUUCUCUCAAAUUCAAAAUUGUCAUAAAUAUCUUGCAGAAGGGGUCAAAACAUUCCAAGAAGGCAAGCUUGUCGACAAUUUAGAGAAAUGCGUGCACAACGGAGAGAUUUCCGAAGUAGAAAUUUGGAAUCAUUACAUUUCAUUGCUAGAACAGCGUCAGGUUGAUACAUUUCCUGAUGAUUUAAGUAAUGAUGAACACCAGUUCAUAGAAACCAAUCGAAUUCCUAUUCCAAAAUACAUGGCUUUGAAAGAUUUGAUAAUUCGUGAGUUUUCUGUUGAUCAAAACUUGACACUUAAAGAUGCCAUUGCAUUGUCACCUGAAUAUGAAGAAGACAUAAAGAAUAUUUAUGAAUUUUUCAAAGAUCAAGGCUGGGUCUACUAA